AUGCCUCCCAGACUCCCAAAGACCUUUCGUGAGCGUUGGGAGAUGUGGUGGCAAGCAACUCUCCCCGGAGAGAGAGUCCAGACCAGAGAUCCUAUGGAACCAGCAAGUCAUCUUGACCAGACGACGCAGACACGUAUUUCGCUCUUCCCUGAGAUGAGCAAUUUCCUCCGGUCUCGCUUCGGGCUUUCACGAGAAACCGACCAUCAAUGGUUCCCUGUGCGGCCUCUGGGAAAGGGUGGCUUUGGAGGAGUUGCAGUGUGGGAGAAACGAGAUUCCCUCGGCAACGUGGUGGAGGAAACUGCUCUGAAACAGUCAAAGUGGGACCUCUCAUUGGCAUUGCCGGACCAGCAACACAAUGCAAGAGAAGGUGCCAUCAUGUAUCAGCUGAAUCACAUGAACUCAGAUUAUAUAGUCUUCAUGAAGGCCUUCAGGUGUCUGAUCGACCCGGAAAACACGGGGGCGACCUGGAGAUUCUAUUUCGAAUAUUGUCCCUACGGGGAUCUUGGUCGCCUGAAGAGUCGAUAUAAAGCAUGGGGCACCUACCUUCCUGAAGCAUUCUUAUGGAGAACAUUCCAUUCAAUGGCGGAGGUUGCUAGGCUUAUGAAAAAUGGGAAAUUCAGAGAACUCAACAUGGAAUCCGCUCCUACAAUUCCUUGCGUUCUCAUACAUUCGGAUAUCAAACCGCCCAACAUAUUCCUCGGGUAUCACGCACACCCUAAAUCUCCAUGGCACGUGUAUCCUGUCGUGAAGGUUGGGGACUUUGGACUGGCUAGUCUGACGAAUCACCUCGACCCUAGAAAUCCUCAGAGUUUUGUGAAGAACGGUACAGCAUGGUACCUUCCUCCCGAAUCCCGUGCUAAAGAAUAUAGAGAUAAGUACAAGGAGUGGGAAGAUCCCCCUUUUGAUAUUGAUGGCGCUACAAGCAGCGACUACAAAGAUGCUGAAGGCAAGCCCGACUACAGCAAUCGGAAGGUCGACUCUUCGCACAACGUUUGGGGUUUUGGGUUGACGAUGCACGAACUGCUGACGCAUCAGGAGGCUAAAGUCUUUUCUGAUCACGUGAAUGCAGUGACAGAAGACGAGUACAACGCUUGGGGUCGAAACACAAUACCCAAUUUGGUGACCAAGAAGGAUCCAGAGUAUAGCUAUGAGCUUAGGCACCUUGUUCGGCGAUGCUUGAACUUGAAACCUAGCCUCCGACCAACCGUGGAGCAGAUACUGGAAGUGACUGGAGCAAAGAUAAAAGAGUAUGAGACUGAGGUUGCUAAGAUUACUCGCGGGGCGACUGAUCCCGUGACGCACGCGAAAAAUACCUAUCAAUUGCCCAAGCUGUUUUUCAAGGAGAACGAAAUCAAUAAUAUGCCGCUUGGGCCUCACAUGCAGGAGUUCGGGUGGGACGAUCGAUACCUAGCACUUUUUGCCUUCGACGAGGACCGAUACGCUGCACCUGUCUGGGGACCAAUACAGCAUCCGAAUCGUCCUGCAUUUGCGCGUUACUAUAAAGAACUGAUGCAACAGAAAGAGGAGAAGAAGCAGAAUGCCAACCGCAAGAGGGUUCAGAACACAAUGGACCCGACCGCGGUGGAUGCGGCCCCACCAAAAAGGAAGAAGCUUUCCGAGCCGGCGCAGAGACCAAAGAAUCCAUACGGGCAAAGCAAGCCGGCCAGGGGAAAGCUGGCCCCUAACAGAGAUAAGUUUACACGAAAACCGCCAACUCGACGACAAGGCGGCUUCAUGGCUGUUAAUACCAACCGUGGCCAACGCGCGGAGCAUGAAGCUAGGCAGCAGCCACAGGGGAGACGAUUGGACUCGGUUGACCGAGCCUUGCUCGCCCUCAGGACCCAGGCCUCGAAGUGA